AACAUAAAUAUAUACACAACUGAGCCCUUUCAUCCGAUCUCUAUCUUUAAAAAACCAAACUCCGACAGUCCUGAGCAGUGUUUUUUUUUUUCUCUAAGUUCCAACUGUUAUUCAAAGCACACAGAGCUUUUCAUUCACUGCAAAAAAAAAAAAAGCCAUGGUGUUCUUUUGUUUCCUCGUUGAUCAGACAAAGAAAGUGAGCACUACUAAGCCGGCGGCGGGGAUUUGUUCACGGUGUGGCGGAGGAGCACGUGUCGCCGAUAUGAAAACCUCCACCAGAUUUUGUUACGUCCCGUUUUACAAGAAAUCUUGGAGAGCCAUUAUUUGUACAUUUUGUGGGGCGAUCCUUCGAUCUUAUCGUUAAUUUCAUAUAAGUCCCUUAAUCUCACUGUAUCCCCUCCCUUUUUGCUCCUUUUCUCUUUUCUUUUUUUGUUCAUCUUCUUCUUUGGGAAAAAUAUCUAACAGUUUAAGCUUUAGUUGGAGAUGUUCAUAAUUGUCUAUGAACUCUUUUUAACUUAUUUAUUUCCAUGAAUUAUUUCCUCCUUUAGGUUAUCUAAUGUACUCCUUUUUUGGUGAUCGUUAAAGAUCAGCUUUAAAAAAUGGUGGAUAUGAUAAAGUUAAUUUCUUUAUUAUCUUUAAUGUCGGUUUUACGGUUUAUGAAAAUUAAUAUUCUCGA